AUGGCUCAUCACCUUACUGAGUCAGAAUGUGACCUCUUCCGGCGCUUCAAGCUGACUGAAGAGUGGACCGAUUCCUUGGAGGACGUGGUGCUUUUGAGCCGGGCCUCUAGCUUCCCUGCCCAAGCACAGGCGUCAAACUCCGGUCCGAGUGAUGUAAUGGCGACGUAUCUGUGUGAAGAAUUCAAAACUUUCUUAGAGAAAAGGGGAACAUAUAAGGAGCUGGAAAAUGUCAUUUCCAAAGUCCUUUUAAAAAUUGUACAGGCAAAGAAGGCAGAUGGGAGCUCACUGUUUGUUGUCAAGCCCAAUAGCACUGUUGAAAUUCCCACGGAAAUAGUUACCUCUCCGGUCUGGAAGUCAAAAGAACCCUCCUUAAUCGCAAGGCCUACACUUCGCACUGAGAGCGACAUCUUACAAAACCAGCAGACGUCAUCUGACUUGCAGGUUGAGCAACAGGAUGAAUUUGGAUGUAGUGAAGAUGGCACACGUAACAAUAUCGUAAAAUGUCUAAAUAAUAUUGCUUUUGACGAAUUCUGUCAUGUCAAAACAAAUCUGCGCGCCGACGUCAUGGGACUCAGACAAACGCCUCGCAGGUGCAGUUCCAUGGCGCGUGGUACCGAUUCUCUGAAGGCGAUUCUGCUGGGCGCGCUGUCCAGCCUCAACCGCCAGACCAGGAGAGAGAUAGCCCUGUCUCAGAAACUGGGGAUGAUCGUCACCCCACUGCCAAACGAUGGGAGAUCUGGCCAGAGUUGACAUUAGGCUAUUGGACAAGCAAUAAAUGUCACGAAGCAUUUUGGUUUGU